ACACGGCGACAUCACCGUCUGAAAUUCGCUUUUCAUCAUUUCUUUUUAUUCUGAGUGUUGGCUCAGCUGUCGCCUCCCAUUUUCAGAUUUCAUUUUCUUUUUCUUCAGAUUCAUACAAGCGUGAGUUAGCAGCUAUAGCAAAGCCAAUGGACGCCGCAAAGGAAAACCGCCUGCCCUCUUCAGAUCUUCAAGGGCAUCCAAGAAUGGAGGAGAAUCUGAAGGCCCUCCAUCACCGGUUGCCUCUCCGUAGCAUCAAUCAGAAUCUUAUGCCUAACAGAAGCCCUGUUCAUUCCCGCAAGAGCAAAGGACACACAGUUCUGCAUCACCAACCCCCUCAGCCUCAUGCAACUAAGAAACAGAACAUGUUGGCUCCCAACCCAAGCUACACCUUAGAUUGUGAAAUCAUAGCUAUCGACGACAACGAUGAGGAUGCCAGUGACAAUGCAGUUCCAGAAUUCGUCAAGCAUACUGAAGCCAUGCUCGACGAAAUAGACAGGAUUGAGGAAGUUGAAAUGGAAGAUGUGCAGGAACCUGUUUUAGACAUCGACGCCUGCGAUAGGACAGAUCCACUUGCAGUUGUUGAGUACAUCGAUGAUAUCUACAGCCUCUACAAGAAAAUCGAGGAUUCGAGCUGUGUCUCUCCAAAUUACAUGACUAAUCAAUUUGACAUUAAUGAGAGGAUGAGAGCCAUUCUUGUUGACUGGCUUAUUGAGGUUCACUACAAAUUUGAGCUUUUGGAGGAGACAUUGUUCCUUACUGUCAAUCUCAUCGACAGGUUCCUGGAGCGUCAGUCAAUGAUCAGAAAGAAACUUCAGUUAGUCGGCGUAACAGCUAUGCUAAUAGCUUGUAAGUACGAGGAGGUCUCAGUCCCAACCGUUGAGGAUUUUAUUCUGAUAACAGACAAGGCAUAUACAAGAGAUGAAGUUUUAGCUAUGGAGAAAUUGAUGAUGAACAGUUUGCAAUUCAACUUGUCUGUGCCUACUCCAUACAUGUUCAUGAGAAGAUUUCUAAAGGCAGCUCAUUCUGAUAAAAAGCUGGAGCUCUCGUCCUUCUUCUUGAUUGAGCUUUGCUUGGUGGAAUACAAAAUGCUGAAGUUUUCACCAUCUUUGCUAGCUGCUGCAGCCAUUUACACAGCUCAAUGUAGCAUGUACCAGUUUAAGCAAUGGACUAAGACCAGUGAGUGGUAUACUGAUUACUCAGAAGAGCAGCUUCUAGAAUGCUCAAGGCUGAUGGUUACUUUCCAUCGGAAAGCUGGAUCAGGAAAACUCACUGGUGUACAUAGAAAGUACAGUACAUGGAGAUAUGGCUGUGCCGCAAAAGUAGAGCCAGCUCUGUUUUUACUGGAUAAUUAACGGGAAUGGGAACCCGCAUGGAGCUUCUGGCUUCUGGGUAGCAAUACUUUUGGAAUUUCGGAGAGCUUUUUUGGAGGCUUCGCAAAGACCUGGCAACCUUUCAGAGAAUUGUUACCUUAACCUUUCAGAGAAGGUUGUAUUCAAGGCCUACCUUACUGGUUGUAUAGAAACAGCCCUGUUUCUGCUGGAUAAUUUGAGAUUGUAGAAUGCAAGUAAGUAGUAGUAGAAUCCAACUACCAGUACCGGUUUUUCUUUCAGGUGUUGUUGACAAUCACUAAAAGUUACUUUGAGUAUAAUGUGUGUAGAGUGGAUAUUCAAGGUAUUGUAAUAAUGGUUGUGAUAGUAUAAUGAUAAGAUAAAAUGAGUAGGAUAAGAUUAUUG